GGCUAGCGCGCGCAACCAUAUGCACUAGGGCCUAAGCGAAGUUUGGCUGCCAACGUUUGUCAAGAGAAGUAGGGAUCUUGCUUAUUCGCACCCAAGCUUGCUAUCGAAUUCACGUGAAGUUUUUGCAAGUAUUUGUAAAGAUGAAGAUAGAAGAAGUAAAGAGUACCACUAAGACACAAAGAAUCGCCUCUCAUAGCCACGUGAAGGGCCUAGGCUUGAAUGACGAAGGUUCUGCACACCCGAUUGGCUCUGGAUUAGUUGGUCAAGAAAAUGCACGAGAGGCAUGUGGUAUUAUCGUUGAACUUAUAAGGUCCAAAAAGAUGGCUGGCCGAGCUAUGUUGUUUGCAGGACCACCAGGGACUGGAAAGACUGCUCUUGCACUUGCAAUUGCUCAAGAGCUUGGACCAAAGGUUCCAUUUUGUCCUAUGGUGGGAAGUGAAGUUUAUUCUGCUGAGGUGAAAAAGACAGAAGUUUUAAUGGAAAAUUUUCGCAGAGCAAUAGGUCUCAGAAUAAAAGAAACAAAAGAGGUUUAUGAAGGAGAGGUAACAGAACUAACACCAUGCGAAACAGAAAAUCCAAUGGGAGGUUAUGGAAAGACAGUCAGCCAUGUUGUGAUUGGACUGAAGACUGCCAAGGGAACGAAACAGCUGAAACUCGAUCCUUCGAUUUACGAGAGUUUGCAAAAAGAGAAAAUUGAAGUUGGCGAUGUUAUUUACAUUGAAGCAAACAGCGGCGCUGUAAAGCGUCAAGGACGUUCGGAUGCAUUUGCAACAGAAUUUGAUCUUGAGGCUGAAGAAUACGUCCCACUGCCAAAAGGCGAUGUACACAAAAAGAAAGAAAUUGUGCAAGAUGUAACGUUGCACGAUUUAGAUGUUGCGAAUGCUAGACCGCAGGGUGGUCAAGAUAUUCUCUCCAUGAUGGGUCAACUUAUGAAACCAAAGAAGACUGAAAUCACAGAUAAACUUCGAAAGGAGAUCAAUAAGGUGGUCAAUAAGUACAUAGACCAAGGUGUUGCAGAGCUUGUACCAGGAGUUCUGUUUGUCGACGAGGUGCACAUGCUGGACAUCGAGUGUUUCACCUACUUACACAAAGCGUUAGAGUCAUCCUUGUCUCCUAUUGUCAUUUUUGCAACCAAUCGAGGAACAUGUGUCAUAAGAGGCACGGAUGUUAAAUCUCCGCAUGGCAUUCCCUUGGAUUUGCUAGACAGGCUGAUGAUUGUUAGAACAAUGCCGUAUUCGAACCAAGAAAUGAUACAGAUUUUGAAAAUCAGAGCACAAAUAGAAGGAAUACAAAUUAACGAAGAAUCUUUGCAGUUUCUUGGGGAGACUGGCUGCAAAACGACCUUGAGGUAUGCUGUCCAACUGUUGACUCCAGCCAGUUUGCUUGCUAAAAUUAAUGGGCAGGACGUGAUAUCCAAAGCAGAGGUUGAGGAAAUUAGCGAAUUAUUUUACGACGCAAAGUCUUCAGCCAAAAUGCUAGCAGAACAGGGUGACAAGUAUAUGAAAUGAAUCUCUGGUUUCCUUUUGGACGCAGCGGUGACAAGUUUGCGAAAACGACCAACAAAAGUUGAUGGGACAGUUUGUUGAAGUCUCUUGAUCUGGUAUUUGUUGGUUAUUAGCAGUGACACUUGGUUAUUAGUGGUGUUUAGAAUGCCUUGUAAGAAUGAUGCCAUUUCCAGUAAGAGCUUUCUAUAUCCCUCGUUGCAAGAACGAUGCUGUUGUUAACAAAAUGGUGCCAAAAACAAGCAGGUUUUGGAGAGUUUAGCUGUAAAGCGCGUAAAAUGUUUUUAUAUCCUUUCCUUGAUACUUC